AUGGACGCAUACAUAAUUCUGUUGUACUUUGCCUGUCCAGCUCGUGCACUUUUGACGUCCUCGUUUACACGUGUGUUUCACGUUCCCCUCUCCGACUACGUGGAUAACGUUUUAGCCGUGGAUAAGAGCUCGUCCAGUCCUAUCGAGUGUGCCACUACGUGUGAUGUCAACUGUUAUUCUUUUACCCACGACGAGGAGACUAGGGAAUGUAAGACGUAUUCCAAGGAACUUUGUACUGAUGUUGGUGUAAAUCAGUCCUCAGUCAUCCAGACGUUUGUAAGGAAGAGGAAAGAUCACAUACACGGGCUUGAUAUGAUUCAUCUUCUAACCCGGCAAGGAUCCAGCCUCCGUAUCGAGUUAGUCUCCUGGUAUAACGACACAGCGUACGCCCAGUACUCAUUCUUUAUGAUUGCGGACGAGUCUUCAAAAUAUCGACUGUCGGUAUCGGGAUUCUCGGGAAAUGUUUCUUAUGACGCGAUGGCUUACCACAAUGGGUUCAAGUUCUCCACUUACGACAAUGACAACAGCAAUAUGGUAAAUUGCGCUUCAUGGGCUGUAGGAGGCUGGUGGUACAAGGGAUGUUACGACUCCAAUCUGAACGGACCUUACAGGGCCGAUACUGGACUUGAUAUUUACAAAUCGAUGGCGUGGAUUAGAUUCUAUGCGGGUCGGGAAUAUGUACCAAUGAUGAAAACAAGAAUGCUGGUGAAGAUGUCGGGUGUUUAA